CGUUCCCGCCCCGCUAAACCCUCCCGACUCUUCCAGAACCUUCCGGAAGAAGAUUCCGCAAUCGUCGCCUGUCCUGUCCACUCCUGAUGGCUGCAUCGGCGUCGGCAGCGGGCGGCGAGCCCCAGAAAGAGCUCCUAUCCAUCAUCCGCGACUUCGCCGCCGAGAAGUCCCACGGCGAGCGCACGGUUUCAGGCCUGAAGCCGAGCUCGAGGCCGCGAAGCGCGCGCGGGAGGCCGCGGAGAGGGAGCUGCAGGGGAGCCAAGUGCAGGCCUCCAUCGCCGCCGCGUCAAUACAGGCACUCGAGGCGACGAUCUCGCAUCUCCAGGAGGAAAUCUCCAAGGUGGGCUCUGAGCUGGAGGCCCUUAAGAGCAAGGGAGACACUGAGAGAGACGAGUUCUUCAGCCAGAUGCAGGAGUUGAAUGCAAGGAUAAGGAAAUUUCAACAGAUAGCUCAUGUAGAAUUAGCAGAGAAAAAGGGCUCUGAACUACUAUCAGCAGAUGGUCAUAAUGUCAGUGACAAGAAUGAAACUAUUGACUCCGAAGGUAUUUUGAAAGAUUUGGUUGAUAAGGUGAGCAAGAUUGAUGCUGAGGUGCAUGUCUUGGAUGGAGAGUAUCAAAAAGUCCUGCUCGAUCAUGAAAAGCUUUGUCAAGAACUGGCUGCUAUCCGAGCAAAGAGGACUCUUAUGGAAGCUGUGGUGGGAGAGAUGAAGCUGUUGCAAGAGCUCGGGGGGCGGGUUGCUGAAGCAGAGAAAGUGCAUGCUUCACUCGCUGAGGAGCUGCAGAGGCGUUACGCUUGCCCUGGCUGCGGAGUCAGCAACAUGGUUGAGAUGGAGGAGGCGCCAGUGGUGGCAAACUAGCUACACAAGUUGCUGGACAAGUUUGGACUGGUGAAUUACUCUUGUUAGGUGGUUGGUUAAAUUGGUAGAAGUCAUUCGAUCAACUGGCUGUACACUUCGAUGCAUCCAUGCUGUUGCUGUCUAGUGCUGAAAAACGGUGAGAAGAAAUUUCAUCUCUCUGUUUCUUCAUUGCCCUGGUCUCGUUCGCAUUCCUUCGUGUCCCUCUUCCUCUCGCUUUCACUAUCUGCUCAUGAGAUGAUGAUGAGACGAACAGCUUUGAACUUUCAAGUAACACAAAUUAGUUA